AUGAGCAACACAUUCAAGAAACCCCGUCUUUCCGAGUUUGAUGCGAAAGGCAUCUCAAAAGGGCAGCUGCUGGAGGCAGCGGAAGAGUAUCAGAGGCAAGGAUUCAUCCCUGUGCCUGCCAAGGUAAAAGGCUACAAGUGGAACCAAGAGCUAGGAAAGUUCAAAAAGCAAAUGACCUUCGAGAAGGAGUUCACGAGCACCACGCUUGAUGAUUGCCUUGAAAGAUUCAAAGCCUUGACGAAAGUAAACGCGAUCGCGUUGCUCUGUGGGCCUAAGAGUGACACUUUCGCAGUCGAUGUUGACGACAUAGCGAAGUUCGAUUCUUGGUUGGAAGCUGAAGGCAAACCUAUCGAGACAGCCGUUCAGCAUCGGGGGUUGGACGACACUACCUGUUUCGGUCAGACGAGCGCCUUCGCGGCUUGGAAGUACACCAUCCUCGUCGAACCGACAAAGCUUUGGAGUCCGGACAAACAGCAUGUCUUUGAGUAUCGGUGGGCAGUACCCCGCACACAGCUGCGAGCUUCGCUAAAGCCUACUCCCGACUGGCUCUACAAGGCGAUUGAGAGCAAUAAGAAGGCACACAAGAAAAGCCCUUCAUUUUCAUCCUCGUCCUCUUCCUCGGUUGCACCCUCCUCAAAGGCGUCCUCAUCCGAAAAGUGGGAACCUGAAGGACUUACGCAAGCUUCUUGUGAUACCAUUGCAAAAGUGUGUUCAGAGACUUUUCCAGAGUUCGACCAGACGGAUUUCUUCCGCAUCCAGUGGUACCGUACCUGCAUCUUGGCACGGGUCCGGAGUUCGCACUGCCUUUUGAAGGAAAGCGAUCACAAUGAUAAGCCCGGUCACGGCUACCUGGUCGUUGCUCGAACAAAAUCAUCUACCGGUGCUUUAGCACAAAGUACGCCGAGUGUUCUGGUGGGGAGAUAA